CACAAGGGGAAAGGCCGAGGAGCGGUGAGGGCCGGGCGGCGAUCGCCGAGGGGAACGCGCCUGUACCAAAACACGUAUGCUCGCGCGCCGCAUUAGACUAUUGAGUGGACUUUUGAACGACAGCGGCGCACCAUGGCAGCGCACGAGGAGACGCCCCCGCACAGCAAUUUCCAAGAGGUCCCCCUGGAGACCGCCCAUGAGCCCCAGCCAGUCGGCCUCGGCAUCCACCACGGCUCCCCCGGCAAGGAGCUGCCCCCCUCGCCAAAGACACCCAGCACGGCUCUCGAGGCCGAACGCGCAGAUGGCAGCCCGUUAGACCCAGAAGACAUUGAGGUCUCACCUCCCCCACAACUACCCCCGAAGCCAGAGAGAGCGGUGCCCGUCAGGGUGGACAGCAAGGAGACCCUCGAUGAUGUCGAGCUGAGCAGAGCUGCCACCCCGGCCGUGGCCCCGAGCGAUACGACUAGGAGAAGCACCAAUGCCUCCGUGGCAUCUCUUCCAUCUGUUGUAUCGCCAUCACUUCCGCCAACGCCAUCCAGGCAGCAGAAUCUCGGCCGCCCGUCUUCUGUCACGUCCGGGCACCACUCUCGAACGUCGUCCGUCGCCACACUUUCCCUCUCCAAUCUCGGACCCAACUCUCCCGGCCCCCAACUCUCUUCCGUCCUCAUCACUCCCCCGCUCCAGAUCCUGGUCAAUUCGAAAGAAGCAAAGAAAUCACCUUCAUUCCACGCGGCUGCCCAGCGCGCUCUGGAAUUGUGUCAAAAUACCGAGGGGAGCAAUGUGGCCUAUCUCCAUCCGAGAGAGAUCUUUGAGCCCCUGCGACUCGCCAUCUCAAAUCCGCAGACGACUUCUGUCCCCGUCCUCGUCACCUCCCUCGACCUCCUCUCGAAACUCAUAUCGCACUCCUUCUUCUCAGAACCCAACGGCCCGCCUCCUGGGCUACCGCCCCUCCCCGACCUCAUCACGCACACCAUCACGCUAUCUUACUCUGAGGCCUCUCCGCCACAAGCCGCGUUGCAGGUUGUCAAAGCUUUGAUGGCUAUCGUCCUGUCAACCGACAAGGGCAUGCUCGUCCACCAGUCCUCCCUUCUCAAAGCUGUCCGUACAGUCUACAAUGUCUUUCUACUGUCCAACGACGGCGCCAACCAAGUUGUCGCGCAGGGAGGACUGACGCAGAUGGUACAUCACGUCUUUGGGAGGGUGGUGAGGCCGGAUAUCAAGUCGGCCGGGCGAGAGAGUGAAAGAGGGAGUGUCGGUGUCAGUGAAAACGAAGCCAGGCGGAGGGGGGAAGCGAGGUCGGGCGAAAUAGGAUCGGUGCCACCGACGCCAGCGCCUGAUGCUACCGAGCAGGAGAAUGGAAAGUUGACAUUAGAGUCGUUUGCAGCUCAAAACCCCAACGACAACAUCCCAGUUGAGCGUUCUGCCCUCGGCGAUGGUGCUGAAGAUGUCGACCCCGACGUCGAACAAUCCACCCCGCGACUCCCGCAACAUACCGUUCCCAUCCCUGUUCCCAAUGGCGAUGCCCCUUCAUUCAAUGUUGAGCAGAAUGCUGAGGCGAAUGGUCAUGGAGACGAGGAAGACGAAAAUCUGGAUGCUAUGGGUAGACCGAUACCCGUGGAGCAAUUACUGGUCAAAGACGCAUUCUUGGUCUUUAGAGCGUUGUGUAAACUGACCAUGAAGCCUUUGGUGACGGACAGCGAAAAAGACCUCCGAUCUCACGCUAUGCGUUCCAAGCUGCUCUCCCUCCACCUGGUCCUCACCAUUCUCAAAUCCCACUCCGACCUCUUUGUCAACCCCUACGUCUGCAUCCCGUCCAAUUCUUCUCUCGAAAUGACGCCAUUCUUGCAAGCUACCAAGCAAUACCUGGGAUUGAGUCUGUCGAGGAAUGCCCUGAGUCCGGUGAAUCAGGUGUUUGAGCUGAGUGUAGAGAUCUUUUGGUGUAUGUUGAGUGACAUGAGGGCGCAAUUGAAGAAAGAGAUUGAAGUACUUUUGAACGAAAUCUUCAUCCCCAUCCUUGAAAUGCGUCACUCGACCAUUCGCCAAAAGUCUGUCAUCCUCGGCGUCUUCAUUCGCCUGUGUCACAAUCCACAAGCCCUCGUCGAGAUAUACAUCAACUACGACUGCGACCGCGCGUCUCUUGAAAACAUCUACGAGCGGUUGAUGAACAUUGUCUCCAAAAUUGGACAAACGCACUUCGCACCGCCGAGCAAGGAGGAGCUGGCCGCCGGUGGGUCAACAAAGCAUUCGGGUGGGUCUGCAGGACCGGCCAUCCCGGCGUCUUUGAGCACGGCGGCGCUUGGAGGAGACACGGGGCCCAAUUCACCUCAUUAUGCCAAUCUGCCACCCGAGGUCACACUUCGCCGGCAGUCGCUCGAGUGUCUCGUAGCGGCGCUCAAGUCGUUGGUGGCGUGGUCCACAUCCAAUUCAGGCGCUAGGGGUCAGCAGCAUGAAGAUCUACAGCCAGGAAAUGAGGAUGGUCUCGGUAGGCAUCACUCGUCGGGAUCAGUGUCAGGUUCCAAUGCCGAACUUGCCGCGCCCACCCCUGUUUGGCCAGCCGACCCCAAUCUGAGAACGCCUAGCAUCUCCGGUCUCGCAUCCGGACAAAACACGCCUGAUCUCGGCGAAGACGAUGUGAACCGAUUCGAGUCUGCCAAGCAGCGCAAGACCAAUCUCUUGGAGGGCAUCAAAAAGUUCAACUUUAAACCCAAACGGGGUAUCGCCUAUCUGGUCGAGCAAGGCUUUAUACGCUCAAACGCCCCGAAUGACAUUGCCCGAUUCUUGCAUGGUAAUGAAGGUCUCAACAAGGCCAUGAUUGGCGAGUAUCUCGGUGAAGGCGACGAAGAGCAUGUCGCCACAAUGCACGCGUUUGUCGACAUGCUCGACUUUUCCGGUAUGAAAUUUACCGACGCGCUGAGGACUUACCUCCAAUCAUUCAGACUUCCUGGUGAAGCUCAAAAGAUUGAUAGGUUCAUGCUCAAGUUUGCGGAGCGUUACUUGCAUAACAAUUCGUCUACCGAGUUUGCCAACGCUGAUACCGCCUACAUCCUUGCCUUCUCUGUCAUCAUGCUCAACACCGAUGCACACAACAAAAACUUCAAGCAGAAGCGAAUGACAAAGGCCGAAUUCAUCAAGAACAACAGGGGUAUCAACGACGGUGCAGACUUGCCCGAGGAGAUGUUGUCCGAGGUGUACGAUGAGAUCACUUCCAAUGAGAUCAAGAUGAAGGAUGAGGUGGAGCUCCCACAAGCGCCGGCAUCGGGCGGGCUUGCCAGUGUUGGAAGAGAUUUGCAGCGAGAGGCGUACGUGGCGCAAUCUGAAAACAUGGCAAGCAAGACUGAGUCGCUGUUGAAGGCGAUGGUGCGCCAACAACGACGGGGUGUGGUUCGUCCCACCGAUCACUAUCACACCGCCUCGCGCUUGGAGCACGUCCGCUUCAUGUUUGAGGUGGCUUGGAUGCCUUUCCUCGCUGGCAUCUCUGCGUCGUUGCAAGAGACGGAGGAUAUGGAUGUCGUCGACUUGUGCUUGGAGGGUCUUCGUGCGGCUAUCCGCAUCGUGUGUCUCUUUGACAUGGAACUUGAGCGUAAUGCCUUUGUGACUACUUUGGCCAAGUUUACCUACCUCAACAAUGUCGCCGAGAUGAAGCCAAAGAACAUGGAGGCUAUCAAGAGUCUGUUGGACGUUGCUGUCACUGAUGGCAACUAUCUCAAGGCGUCUUGGAAAGAUGUGUUGGUGUGUGUCAGCCAGUUGGAGAGGAUGCAGUUGAUCUCGAGUGGGAUGGACGUGCCUGAUUUGAAUAGGACAGUGACGUCAUCCAGCGAUAAGCGAAAGUCGACACACAAAAAGAAGGCGCUGGCCGAAGAAGUUGCCGAAGAGUCGAGGUCUUCACAGGUGACAGUGGCCGCAGACAUGGUGUUUUCUACCAGUAAAAACCUCUCUGGCUCUGCCAUCGUCGACUUUGUCAAGGCACUCAGUGAAGUGUCUUGGGAGGAGAUCCAGUCUUCUGGGUCCUCCCCCCGCCCUCGCAUGUUUAGUCUGCAAAAGCUUGUCGAAAUCUCCUACUACAACAUGGGUCGAAUUAGGCUGGAAUGGUCUAAUAUCUGGCUAAUUCUGGGGGAGCAUUUCAAUCAAGUUUGCUGCCACAAUAACCCCAAUGUCAGCUUCUUCGCUUUGGACGCUCUGCGACAGCUUGCCAUGAACUUUUUGGAAAAGGAAGAGCUGUCUCACUUCCGAUUCCAAAAGGACUUCUUGCGACCAUUCGAGUACACCAUUGUUCAUAACAAGAAUUCGGAUGCCCGUGAGAUGGUUUUGCAAUGUCUUCAACAUAUGCUGCAAUCCCGAGUGCAAAAUCUGCGAUCCGGUUGGCGGACCAUGUUUGGCGUCUUUUCUGCGGCAUCCAAGGUGCUCACUGAACGAGUUUGCAACUAUGCUUUCGAGCUGGUAACGCUCGUGUACAAAGACUACUUUUCCCUCGUGGUCAAGUUUGGCUCUUUCUCAGAUUUGACGACCUGCAUCACCGAUUUCUGCAAGGUGUCAAAGUUCCAAAAGAUCAGCUUGCAGGCUAUCGAGAUGGUGCGGGGUUUGGUGCCAAAGAUGUUGCAGUGCCCUGAAUGCUUGCUUCCUCAACCGGGAGACGAGGGCAAAUCUCAGCAGGGUGAUGAUCCAAUGGUCAAGUAUUGGCUGCCAGUGCUUCACUCAUUCUACGAGAUCAUCAUGACUGGCGAGGAUUUGGAGGUUCGCCGACUGGCCUUGGACUGCCUGUUCGAUACCCUAAAGACCCACGGUUCAGGGUUCUCCGUCACCUUCUGGAGCACCGUCUGUCAGCAGGUCCUGUUCCCAAUUUUCGCCGUCCUGAGAGCCAAGUCCGACGUACGAUUCAAAUCACCCGAAGACCUCAGUGUCUGGCUUUCAACAACCUUGAUUUCAGCACUGCGAGACUUGAUCAAUCUGUACACUGUGCACUUUGAAGUAAUGCAGCACUACUUGGAUGGGUUGCUUGACAUUCUGGUGGCUUGUAUCUGUCAAGAAAAUGACACGCUCGCGCGGAUCGGUACCUCUUGCUUCGAACAGCUGCUCGAACAGAAUGUUCGCAAGCUCAGCCCGGAGAAGUGGGAGCUUAUCGUCUCUGCUUUUGUCCAGUUGUUCAAGACGACGACUGCUCUCCAGCUGUUUGACCCUGUCAUGUGUUCCGAGGUUGAGCCUUCGGGCGACCUCCACGACGCUGACCCUCCAUUCCAAAAAUUCGUUGCACCAGCACCUUUGGAACCUGCUUCCGACAAGUCGGCGUCGUUACCGCCCAACAUCACCUAUGGUGAACAGCGACGUAUCUUCAAGCAGGUCAUCGUGAAGUGUGUCCUCCAGCUUUUGCUUAUCGAGACAACACAUGAGUUGCUACAAAACGAUGAAGUCUACAACACUAUCCCAGCGGAGCACUUAUUGAAGCUGUUGGAUGUGCUGGAAGGUAGCUGGAGUUUUGCCAGGAAGUUCAAUGCGGACAAGGACCUGAGGAUGCAGCUAUGGAAAGUUGGCUUCAUGAAGCAGCUCCCCAACCUGCUCAAGCAAGAGUCGAGUGCUGCGGCCACCCUUGUCGGCGUACUUUUGAAAAUGUAUAGAGACCCCAGAGACGCUCAUAGGGCGACCAGGGAUGAUAUUGUAGAUAGACUUGUCCCGUUGGCAACCGAGAUCAUGGGAGAUUUCAUUGCGUUGGAAGCAGAGAGUCAGCCCAGAAAUAUUGCUGCUUGGACUCCGGUCGUGACAAAUAUAUUACAAGGAUGUUGCAUCCUGGAAGAAGCUCCUUUCGAGAAGCACAUCCCGACAUUCUAUCCUCUUGUCACUGAUCUGCUGUUGAAAGACGUGGCUGCAGAGAUGAGGUUGACAAUACGAGAUUAUUUGAGAAGAGUGGGACAGGUCAAGGGGGCUGUCAAGAAGGAAUGAGUGGAGACUGAGGGUAGAGUACUGAAAACAUAACAUAAAACUGCUGAAGACCCAGUGGGUCAGCUCUUGUAUCUCACUUGAUAGAUACAUACGACAAGCUUGGAUGCCAGGGAGACGAGUUGGAGAAGAAGGAAGAAGCUUGGAAAUGAGAUGACAUCUCCACAUAGAGUACCCGCGAGACCGGAUUGUAUGAAUUGUUCAUGAUC